AUGGCUUAUAGCUGUCAGAAAUACUCCGAAAUGCGCGGAAAUGGUUUGGGAGAAGCGUACUCCGUAUCGGGUUAUGUGGUAACAAAUGAAAAUCUCACAAUACACCACCGUCGAUCAAGUGAAAGCAGUCUCCAUCCCCCGUUGCCAAGCUGCUCCAUCGACUCCAUCAACAGGGAAUUGGCUGUCUUGGCAAUGUUUCUAGACGGACUAUGUCUUCUUGGCCGGAAGCAUGCAAGAAAUGCAAGUGGGUUGGGCUUAUGGUAUAGGAGAACACCUGAUAAGCUGGUUUUGACCGCUCCCCUGAGACCGCAGGCAUCAACUUUGGUCGCGGCUAUCUCGCUGAUUCUGCCUACUUGUACAUACCAGCAAGGAAUCCCCGGCGUUGUUUUUCUUCGCCAGCAUUUAUCGGGCGCAUAUUGCAGUCGCCCCCGCGGCGGUGAUGGGGCCGGCCAAUUGUCGCUCAUAAGGGUCUUCCGAGUCGGCUCGGCCAUGGGAGUCCAUUCGUGGGCCAAGCAAAUGAGCGUCCAUAAUCUAGGCUCGUGCCGACCCGAAUCUGCGUGGGAUAUUUCUUCUGAUGCGUCGAGUUUCCAAUCAACUCUUGAGUAUAUAUUGAUGGACGUCAUUGACGAUAGGCAGUAA